AAACUAAAAUACAAAUUUUCAUUUGGACUUGUUUCUCGUGUGGGUGUUAUUUUUCUAAUUUGAUUUUAAUGAAUAAUUAAAGCGCACAGAGAGAAAUUGAAAUCAUUAAAUGUUUAUGAAAAGUUCCAAAUUUAUUUGUGUAAAGCGCUUAGUAUUAUAAAGUUAGUUGGCCUCAAAUAUCUUUUCAAAUGUACACGAUCUCAUAGAAAAGAGUAAGUGGUCAUCAAAUACAAGUUUAUCAGUUUACCUAUUAAGCACACGCAAGUUGAGCUUUUAUGUAAACGGAUUAGACGAACCAAAUACUUCCUAAACCCACCCAAGGGCUACUUAUGGGCUCUGAUACCCUGGGUGGCAGUAGGAACCGCACUUGAAUCGACACGAAGAUAAUCGUCAAGGGUAAUCUGAUCUUUACGUUGAAUCAAAAUUGUAAAGGAAGCACUUGAUGUAAACUUUGCCAAAUUUGGUGAUCUGUUUAAUUAUCAAACAAUUACGGAUUAUACGAUAUUUCAAACACUUAAUUUUAACCCUCAUAUCAUUUAUGUCAACUAGUUAGUAGAUUUUUAAACGCAUUAAUCACUUUUUAAAACAGAGUGAUCCAAAAGUGUGUAAGAUGAUCUUUUCUGGCUUCAGUGUAUAACCACAAUGCAAGCCCCUCAAGCAGCGCGGCUCAUUCUGAUUUAGAGAAGGCGAGAAGGACUCUCAUUACUGUGCGGAAAUUGCACCAAUGCAAGGACUUUCUACAGUUUUAUGGUCUUAAAACAUUAACAAGAGCAGAACAAGAAUUCUACAUCUGAGCAACAAUAUUACAGAUUAUUGCCGGUUGCGAUUUCUACAAGAAAUAAGAAACCUUCCAUCCAUGUUCGGCAGAGAAGUUGCACCUACCUCAGUAGGCUUGCCUUAUAAAGGCACAAUGCAAGUUCCAUACGAGAGCGUUCAUUCGCCUUAUCAUCAGUAUACCUCCGGGCUAUUGGGAUUUCCUCACCCACCGGCGAUGAUACCCCACCCCAUGUGUCUAUCUAGACCAGGAUUACCACCCCCUUAUGUUACCCAGAGUUACCCACCUCAACCUCACCAACUUCAUCCAUUUACACUCGCAGAAAAACUGGCAGAUAUGAUAUUUGAGGCUCGGUAUGGUCCGCACAGAAAGCAAAGGCGAAGUCGGACAGCGUUCACAAAUCAACAACUAUCAGCAUUAGAGAAAACGUUCGCGAAAACUCAUUACCCGGAUGUUGUCAUGAGAGAGAGGCUUGCCAUGAUGACCAGUCUUCCGGAAGCUAGAAUACAGGUUUGGUUCAAGAACAGGCGAGCCAAAUUCCGUAAAAGAAACAAAGUUUUGAAUAUCCCUACACCUUCAUCUACGCUUGCAAUUUCAUCAAUAGAGGCUUCAGGAUCCCGACAGCUUUUGGACAACCUUGCUGGGUACCAGACAUUGGCUGAUAAGCUUGUAAAAGAAGAUACACACACAGGAGAAGAAUCAAUUGAAAGUAACAAAGAAAUGCAUACUGACAAAAUCACUGUCAUGUUCUCAAAAAAUGAGAAAAUCCAUUCUCAAAACCAUCUAAAAGAUGUUUUAAGCUAUAAUCCGUCAAGAGAAAAGGGGCGGGGUUUAUUCUCAAAAAUUAAGAACGGAAAAGAAUCUUGCACGAUUCCAAAAUCAGGAAGUCUUGAUGACGGACAUGGUCAUACGAGAUUGAAUGAUCUUACAGACGACACAAAUAGAGAUAUGAAUAACAUAGAUGAUCGUGAAAAUAAAACAAUUAAAUCGGUCACUGAAUUUGGUGUGAAGAUCGGGGGAGGCCCGUGAUGCUCUUAACAUUUAAGUUUGUCACCAUUAAAUUUUAUACUGUUUCAAAAUAACAAACGUUUUGCCACAAUUUAUAAAAUAAAGUGACAAAUUAAUACUGGUACAGCCUCUUAUUAUAUGGCUUUCAUGUUAAUCAAAUGUGUAUAUGUAGGAUUUGCUGAAUGAGAAAAUACGUAUAUCUCAGCAAUCAAAAAUGACUGUAUGAAAAAUAAUGACCGCCUCAACAUGUUUGCCACCAUGUUACAGAUUAUUCAAGAAAAAAAAUGGGUAAGAAUACACACAAAUGAUUUAUAAAGUAUGCUAAUAUAGAUUGUUCUUGCAUUUAAAAGUGGCUAAACUGAAGUAGUUACGUUUAACCUUCACUACAAUAAAUAUUUGUGCUAACUAUAUAUAGUGCUUUCUCGAAAUUGUUGAAUCAUUCUAAAAUCGAGUACAAUAAUUGAAUGAAAAUAAGUGUACAA